CCUGCUUGUGCUGCCCCAUAAAGCACUAAGAGAGGGGGGAGUCUGCCUCCCCCUGGCAUCCUGCUAUAAAAUCAUGGGUGUAAUUGUAGCGUACUCAGGCAGAACAGGAGUAAUCAGAUCAGUCCCGAGGCUGAGAACAUAUAUAUUGAUGGGCACAGCAUCAGCACCGGAUUAAACCCCCUAUCAAGACCCCGCUUGCUGAUUGAGGUAAAGACGAUUUCCUGAAAGUAGGUAAAUGAGAUCAAGAGAGGAAAAGCCGUAAGAGGGAGUGGGAGGAAGAAUGAACCAGAAAGGGAGGCAGCGCAGUGCGAGUAAGCAAGCAAAAGACAGAGAGAGAAAGAGAGAGAGAGGGGAUGGGGAGGGAGUUGAAGGCAGGAAGCGAGCAACAGCCAGUGGAGAAUAGAAAUAGAAGGAGUUUAAGGGAGCGGGUGGAAAACCGAGGCCCGUCGCCAAACAAGAGGACACCGAGAGAGAAGUGAGGUGUGGGAGAAAGAAGGGCAAGGGUCCAGAGAAAGAAAACACAUCGGGAUCACAUCAGCAGGAGGAAGCAAGAUACCAGAAGGUGGGGGUCAAAGUGAAGAAGCAUGCAAGAGAAAGUUUGAAGGCAAAACAGAUGAGAAAAACAUCUCCCGGUAAUGACAAGGCCGGGACACUUGAAGAAGGGACACCUACUCUCGAGAGUCCCCUUCUUAGGCUGCAGAAUGUUCUCCGAGACGAAAGGGAUUGUGGAGCAAUCCAUCAGCCCAUCCCAACUAAAUAACGGAUUACAAAAACCUCAAGCUGACCUCCUUGCCUAUUUUGGGAGUGGGGAUCAUGUAAGGAGCACCUGUGGACCAAAGCAGGAGAAUUCCCCCCUUAAUGGAUAUGCAUCCAAGGAACGCAUAGACGUUCAGGGGGGUCAUGCACAGCUUGCUGUAACUGGACAGAUUUGUCAGACAAAUUUAACCAGAGUGCGGUGGAGCCGGCCUCCUGGGAAGGGGCUGCAACAUAACAGCGUCUCUGUGAACUACAGCUUGAGAGAAUGCAGCUUUGUGGUCCACCGGCACCAGACCGAGACACACCCCUUCUUGAGGAAGUGUGCUCUGGACGCGCCAACACAGUUCAGAGGUCAUGGAAACUGUGGCGUGCCUGUUUGUGGGGCAGACCAACAAUCAGCCUCUGUGCAAGGGGCCCUGCUUACGGAGCAACAUGCAUCAGACUGGAUGGACAUAAGUGACACUCGCAAUUCGACCUUUAGUGAGGAUUCAGAACUUUGCACUUUUAAUGGACAGGGAACUUUAAGUAGAUGCCUAGGACGAGUAGUAAUGCAAGACUUGAACGGAUCUAGUCUGGUGCAUGAAGUUAUGCUGUCUACCAAAGAUGUCAAUCAUACCAACCACCGUAAGUGUCAAGCAGGGGAUUUCAACAGACAAGAAAGUGGGAGUUUUAACUCAAAAAAUUCAGAAAGAGCAAUUCGGGACCAGAUCCAAAGAGUUGUUGUGAAUCUUGAGGAAGUUCUACAUGGGCUGAAAGAGAUACAUCUGGAAAUGAAGGAGGUGGUCCAAAAGAUAGAGCUGUUGACAUCUGACAUUGAUAUAGGAAAAGAGGAACCUGGGGAUACUUUCAGAAGAUGCCCCUCAGGAAGGAUGGACAUCAAGGUGGCUUCCUCUCAAGGAGUCCACUACGAUGAACCAGCUCUCAAAAAACCAACUCCAUCUAGGGCACCACCAGCAUAUCCCACCAGAUAUCAAGCGCUGCAUGAGGUCGACCCGAAAUUGGACUGGACUCAGGAGAUGCUGCCUUCUCAAACAUCAGGAAUCAAUUCAAAGCGCAGGAGCCAAAAGCCUCCUCCUUACCCCUAUGCCAACACUAUGGGAAGAGUGAAUCCUAAAGCAAAAGAUAAAAGUCAGAAGACGCCCCCCUACCCCUUCAGACGAAGACUGCUCUCAACCAUUGUUUGAGCAGACAUCAGGGUAAAAAGUGGAGUAUUUACGUGGCAUACUCUGUUAGAGGCACCGAUCUGGUAAGUUUGAUCUUUAUUCGAUCCAAUAAACCAGCAGAAAUUUAUUGUCCGGAAAGUCUCUCAGGCCGCUGGUGAACCAUGUAAUGCCUUUACUCUUUAGGUCUAUAAAGAGGACAUGACAAAAACGUCAUGUACUAAUAAAUCUACAGAGUGGCAUGGUUGACUGGGGACCACUUCUUAGAUGUACUGUACGUCAAGGUAGCGGGAGAUUAUUUCUAGCCUUAGAUGACAUCUGGAGUAGGAAGCAAUCACAAUUCCAAUUCCCCUGAUCUCCCAGCAUGCCCCAUCUGCUAAAGGAUUAUUUUUUUUAUUGCUUUCCUAACUCUAGUUUAAUGCUUGAAGUCUUGCCUUACCAAUAUGAUGUUCUCAGAAACACAUCCUAUUUUAGGUUUUUACCAAAGUCACAAUGCGAUAAUGCAUGGUAUUCAAAUGCAAGCAGGUACUGAAAGAAACUAGGUACUUUUAGAGAAUAAUGUCUCCCUCAAGUGUGCGGCAAUGCUCAUUUCAAGCUGUAGUACUGCACAAAACAUUCUCUGGCAUGCAUUUAGUUUUUAAAGUAUAGAAUCUAUAAAAUAAAAAAAAAUCAUGCGUUUGGCUCACAAGACAUUAAUUUCUUUAAUAGCUAGCGAAUUGCAUUGCAUGCUCUUAUAUUCACAGUUGGGGUACCAACAAGCCUUCUAAAGAGCUGACUGGACAAAUCUUGAACAGAAUCAGCAAAUUUCUGCAGAUUUGUAGCAUAUUUUAAUUUUAUGCAGCAGAAUUACACACAUUUAGCACCCUUAAGAGUGCAAAAAACAACCCCCAGAGAUUGUUGCUU